UCUUUAUUUCCAGGCCUGGGUUUCCGUCCACUCCCGUCAGAAGACAACGUCGAAAGUACGCUCAUCUGGUACAAGGGCACCGAAGAGAAAAACUACAAGCAAUGGACUGAUGCACUGGACGACUUCCUCCAAGACUACAGAACACCCGGUCAGAUUUCCGGCCGAGGACAGAACAUCUACAACUGUGAUUACACCCAUCUGCCACCGCCAAGGACCGUGUGCGACGUGGACAUCAAGCAGUACGGCCCCUGCACCCUGGAGAACCACUACAACUACCACAAGAGCGCUCCGUGCAUAUUCCUGAAGCUGAACAAGAUCUACGGAUGGAUCCCGGAAUUCUUCAACGACUCCGCCAACCUGCCCGGAAACAUGCCCAAGGACCUCCAGGAGUACAUCAAGACCGUCGACGACAAGGAGAAGCACACCAUGAACACCGUUUGGGUGUCGUGUGAAGGCGAGAAUCCCGCCGAUAUCGAAAAUGUCGGACCAAUCAAGUAUUACCCGCGUCGUGGUUUCCCCGGAUACUACUACCCGUACGAGAACUCCGAGGGCUAUCUGAGCCCCCUGGUGGCGGUGCAUUUCGAGCGUCCAAUUCGUGGCAUCAUCAUCAACAUCGAGUGCAAGGCCUGGGCCCGCAACAUCAAGCACGACAGACACGAACGGUUGGGCUCCGUACACUUCGAGUUGCUGAUUGAUUAGAACUGGCCGGCCCAGUCGUCCCUCCAGUAGCACCCGUCACCUGGUGCUAGCCAUGUGUCUAGCGCGCCGCUCUCCCUGCCCCGUACCAGUUCAAACCGAAGCGCUAGAUAGCCCGUAAUUCAAAUUUCAAAAACUCAAAUCGUCAACUAGGUCAAAAGUCAGCAACUUAUUCGCAGCUUUUUUAUAAAGUGUUUCAAGUCAGAUAAGCCAUCUUUCUACAAAAUUUUACCAUUUUGUCAGUGUUUCGAUCGUAAUGAAUUUUAAAAACGCUACCUUUCGCAAAUGCUUGUUUAUUUAAAUCCGUGAGAGUAAAUUAAGAUUAGGCGAUCUCCUUAGAUCUUCGUAGAGGACACAAAAAAAAAACAACACAAAAAGACGUUCAGAAAAAUCUGUCUAUUAAGGAUGUAAGAUGUUGUGCUUGUAAUUUUUAUGAGUGUAAAUAAUAAAUGAGAGUCCAAAUCGUUAA